AGCCCAAUCUUGAAUCUUCCACUGCAAUGCGUUCCAAACUCAGAACCAGUAGAAGUCCAGAACGGUGAGCUUGGGCAUUUCACGCAUCAAUGCACGAAAACAAUUUGAUUUCUGAAAGAGAGAAAAAUGGAUUUGGUUUCAACUUCUUGUUUUAAACUUCCUGGAUUUUCCCUUCCGCCGCGAAUAACCGCCGGGUCGUCGAGUUAUUCGCUCUCGCCAUGCAAGUUCUUCUUCUUCUGCCCGAUAUCCAGAGCAAGUUUUUCGCAUAUCCCGAACAAGUGCUCGAGAAUUUAUGCCAAGAAGAGAAAACUAGAGCCGGACAUGGUCCUCGAGCAGACGAUUGUUGAAGAAGUGUUUAAGGACGAUGAAGACGCAGACGAGGUUCUUCUAGAUGACUUUGAAAAUGAUGAAUUACUGGAGGAUGAUGAUGGUGAUUUUGAGGACGAGUAUCUGUCGAGUGAGGGUGAGCUCUACGUUGGAGAUGGAGGUGAGGGAGGUGGGAUUUCCCUGGCUGGUACAUGGUGGGAUAAAGAAGCAUUGGCAAUAGCUGAAGAGGUUGCUCUGUCCUUUAAUGGUGACUUGGGAAUAUAUGCCUUCAGGACAUUGUCAAAUUCUAUUAUUAAAGUGCGGAUUGAGAAGCUUUCAAAUAGGUCUGGGUCCCCUAAUAUGGAAGAUAUUGAAGCCUUCUCUAAAUCUUAUAGAGCACGAUUGAAUGACGCUGAGCUUACCAAAAGUGUUCCUACUGAUCUAUCACUGGAGGUGUCAUCUCCUGGACUUGAAAGGAUAGUUCGGAUUCCACAAGAUCUUGAUAGGUUCAAGGAUCGGCAUAUGUAUGUGAAAUAUGUCAGUGAAGUAACUACAACAGGCUCACCUUUAGAAAGUGAUGGUGUUCUUAGGCUUGUUUCUUUUGACGUGGAAAAUAAAUGUUGCACCUGGGGUUUGGCAGACAUAAAAGUAAACAGGGAAAAAGCUGGGAAGGGAAGACCGCUUAACAAAAAGCAACGAGAGUGGCGUUUGGAUACGACAUUUGAUUCCUUACGUUUAGUCCGACUGUAUUCUGAGUUUUAAAUGUGCCUCUUUCCCCCAUCCCCCAUGUUUGUUUCAAGAUAAUCUAUGACAGUUUGAAAGUAAAAGGUGUAUGCUAAUAUCAUAGGUUAGGUAAGUAUAUCACCACCCUCAGUGUAGUCUCUGGAACAUCAAUUUGUUAUUACAAAAAGGUAUUGCACUGCAUGGAAGGUAGAAGGAUGAUGUUACAGUCUGAAUCUACGAAUUUGAGAGAAAAUUGUC